CGUCCCGCCAUGGCGGCGGCCUUCACCGCCCUCCGUGUCCUGCUCGGACUCUUCUUCUUCCUCACCGGCGCCCUGAAGGUCUCGGACUGGCUCUCCGCCGACCUGCACCGGCACAUGGCAUCGGAGUUCGUGCGGUUUGCCAAGGUGUUUCCCCUGAAGGAGUUGGGCCUUGUGCCAGAGCCGGGCAGGUACCUGGUGGCUGUAGGCUGGCUGGAGGUGACGGCAGGGCUCUUGCUGGCAUUUGGGCCCCAGCUGCUUCAGGAGAUCAGCAACUUCAUCCUCAGUGUCGUCAUGAUCGGUGCCAUCUACACGCUGCUGGCGCUGCAGGAGCCGCUGGCCUUGUGUGCCCCGGCCACCCUCUGCCUGGGCCUCCUCCUGCUGCUCAACAUCCGUGGGUACCCGGCUGCCCCCCGGCCCAAGUUCAAGUGAUGAGAGGCAGGAAGGACAGAAGGCUCAGCCACUGGGAAGCAAUGCCUUUAUGGUAUUUUCAGGGAUGACAUCGCAUCCUGCAGGGUAACUUGCUUAUGAGACAGUGAUGCUGUGUGUUCUCUCCUGCCUCUGCCAGUGACUCUGGUGCUGGUUGUCCCCACACUGCGAGACCCGGGCUGUGGUAUGGUGGCCAUGGCACCACUGUGACACUGCCGUGGCACUGCUCCUGCAGCUCCGUUGCUAAACUCGCACAAGGUGUCCGGCUCUUUUCCAGCAUUCGGCCACACUGAGCAGGGGCUGGCUCUGCUUUCUUGGGAGCUUUCAAAUUUUGGAAUAAAACCUCUUGU